GGAGGGAACAUUUUGAAGGUAAAAGCUGCUGUUUUGUGGGAAGUUGGCCAGCCAUUGGAUAUCUGCGAAGUUGACCUCGACGAACCCAAGGUCGGCGAGGUUCUGGUCAAGGUCGGUUCCGCCGGUAUCUGCCGCAGCGACCGGCAUUUCAUGCACGGCGACGCACCCAUAGCCAUUCCGGUCGUCCUGGGACACGAGGGCGCCGGUACCGUCGUCCAGACCGGCCCCGGCGUUACCCUCGCCCAGGAGGGAGAUCAGGUCAUCCUGUCCUUCGUGCCCGCCUGCGGACGCUGCCGCUCCUGUCUUGAGGGGCAUAGCAACCUGUGCGAUCUCCACGGAGCCACCGGCGCCAACAUGUUCGACGGCACCACCCGCCUCCAUGCCGAUGGCAAGGAUAUCCACCACAUGGGGAAGGUGGCCUGCUUCGCCGAAUACGCCGUUAUUCCCGAAACCGGCGUCGUCCCCAUGACCAGCCCGGUGCCAAUGGACAAGGCCGCCAUGAUCGGCUGCUCGGUCACCACCGGCGUUGGCGCCGCCCUCUACAGUGCCGAGAUCAAGGCCGGCAGCACGGUGGCCGUCAUUGGUUGCGGAGGUGUGGGCCUCAAUGUCAUCAUGGGCGCCGCCCUCGCCAGCGCCGGCCAGAUUAUCGCCGUCGACAUCCGCGAGGCCCAGUUGGAAUUCGCCAUGCGCUUCGGAGCCACCCACACGGUCAAUGCCGCCGACCAGGAUCCGGUGCGCCAGGUACGCGAACUCACCGGCGGACGCGGCGCCGACUAUACCUUCGAGGUGUUCGGCAGCGCCGACACCACCAAGGCCGCCUACGACAUGGCCGGCAAACGUGGCGUCGUAACGGUCGUCGGUAUCGCUCCCUGGGGCCAGGAAGCCUCCAUCAACGCCGUCGACCUGGUGCGUAACGAAAAGACUUUGCGUGGUUCCUACUACGGCUCGGCUCGCUCCCGCACCGACAUGCCCGUCAUGGUCGACCUGUACCAGUCUGGCAAGUUGAACCUGGAUGACCUGGUCGUGCGCCACUACACCCUGGACCAGGUCAACGAAGCCUACGCCGACCUCGAUCGGGGUGAAAUUGGCCGCGGCGCCAUCAUGUUCGACUAG